GAUCACAGGCGCGGGAACUUUUGCACUGUACCAACUUUGUGACCUACGUACGCCUGCCGCGUAUUACGUUUCACGCCCGAUUUCACACAUUACACCGGUGUUGGCAACAAUUCUGCUUCAGCCGUCACGAUUCUGUUUUCAAUCGCAAUGGAUAUCGAGAAAGUAGGCGAGAAACUUGGCACUAAAAGACAAUGGUUAAAGGAGUUCCUGUCAGAAUUGGCGGGAUCAUUUCUGCUAGUGUUCGUCGGCAGUUGCUGUGUAGCACAGAAGGUCCUGCGCUGGGAUGUGGGCAAUUUCAUAACUGCCAACAUGGGCUACGGCUUUGGUCUCAUGCUGGCUGUGCUCAUCUCAGGACCAUCUGGCUCACAUCUGAAUCCAGCAGUGACAUUAGCAUUUUGUGUCAUUGGUAAAAAGCCAUGGAAGGAUUGUCUACAUUAUUUUCCAGCACAGUACCUUGGUUGCUUUUUAGGUGCAGCAUUUGCAUAUAUUGUGUACCUUGAUGCUUUGUACAAUUUUGAUCAUGGAGAUCGUCAGGUGACUGGUCCCCUUGGUACUGCUGGUAUUUUUACUACUUACCCAGCGCCUUACUUAUCACUUGUUGGAGCAUUCAUAAAUGAGGUGAUGGCUACAUUUGUAUUAUUGCUAGUGGUUUGUGCAAUAAUAGAUGAAAAUAACUGUGGAAUAACUCCAGCUCUGAUACCUCUAUACAUUGGAAUACUUAUUGUAACAAUCGGUAAUGGUUUCUCUGCAAACACAGGCUCUGCUUUAAAUCCAGCUCGUGAUCUUGGUCCUCGAAUUUUUGUUACUAUUGCUGGCUGGGGCACAGAAGCAUUUGUGUAUGCUAAUUACUGGUGGGUACCAAUUGCUGGUCCCCAUCUUGGAGGUAUUUUAGGAGCACUUUUUUAUGUAUUCUUUGUGGAAAUGCAUCACAACAAGAGUUAAUAGGAUCAUUAAAGGUCCACACGCUACAAACAGCAGUAGAUUUGGCUCCUGAUUUGAAAAUACACCAGCAUAAUUUUGUGUGUGCACCUGCACUUGUGAAUACACAAAUGACAAAUUUUGUGAGAAGUCAAUCAAAGAGCAUAUACUGCAGCACUGAAUCUCACAGAAAGUGUUCAACUACUCAGGAAUAUAUUUAUAUACUACUGAAAUCUUAUUUCAUAUAAUAUAACUAGCCAAUAGAAUGAAAUGUACAACU